AUGACUACCAAUUCGCAUCAUGAGCACCUGCGAUGGGCUAAACGACCUGUUUGCUCACACAUCGACCACCACCUCAUGCACUGGAUGCUCAGCAACAACAUCCAUAACCACGGCACAAUGAGCACCUGCUAUGUCGAUGGUGCAUGGAGACAACGUGGCACAUCAAAUGCCAUUGUCACACCUGCCAACCACUGCCACAUCACUCCCUUGCCCUCUGCCACCUUUGGUGUUGACAACACACAAUGA